AUGAGCAAGCUAAUUCUAAUUGCAGGUCUCUGGCUUUACCUUGGUUGUUUGGUCUCAUCCUCCAGGCUGGUGUGUUAUUUCACUAACUGGUCCCAAUACCGACCUGGCGAUGAAAAGUUUAUGCCUCUAAAUAUUGAUCCAAACCUGUGUACCCACCUGAUUUAUGCCUUUUCGGGUAUUAAUGAGGCGAAUGAGUUGGUCACGGUAGAAUGGAAUGAUGAUGUGCUCUAUAAAUCCUUUAAUGGACUCAAACAGAGGAAUCCAAAUCUUAAAACACUGUUGGCAGUCGGAGGCUGGAACUUUGGAACACAAAAAUUCACAACAAUGGUGUCAACACAAGCCAACAUAAAUACAUUUAGCCAGUCUUCUAUCAAACUGCUGAGGAAAUAUGGUUUUGAUGGACUUGAUUUGGACUGGGAAUACCCUGCUGCAAGAGGAAGUCCACUGGUGGACAAGCAGAGAUUCACGUUGCUAUGCAAGGAACUCUUCGAGGCCUAUCAGACUGAGGGAACAGCAACUGGCCGGCCCAGAUUAUUGAUUUCUGCUGCUGUGUCUGCUGGGAAAGGAACUAUUGACGCUGGUUAUGAAAUUGCGGAGAUGGCAAAGUACCUGGACUUUAUUAAUGUGAUGACAUAUGACUUUCAUGGCACCUGGGAGAGUGUGACCGGACAUCACAGCCCCUUAUACAAGGGAUCCCAUGACACUGGGGACCAUGUUUACUUAAAUACUGACUCUGCCAUGAGAUAUUGGCGGGACAAGGGAACACCUGUAGAAAAGCUAAAUAUGGGCUUUGCUGCAUACGGGAGGGCAUUUCGAUUGUCUACUCAAUCCAGUCAGGUUGGAGCUCCAGCCAGUGGUCCCGCUGCUGCUGGUGUUUUUACAAGGGAGGCCGGCUUCUGGUCCUAUUAUGAGAUUUGCACUUUUCUUCAAGGUGCCACUGUCCAGCUGAUUGAGGACCAAAAAGUCCCAUAUGCGGUCAAACAAAAUGAGUGGGUUGGAUAUGACAACAAAGAAAGUUUUGAGACUAAGGUCGGCUACCUAAAGAACAACAGUUUUGGAGGAGCUUUCAUCUGGUCUCUGGAUCUUGAUGACUUUAAUGGACAGUUCUGUGGACAGGGAAACUAUCCCCUCAUCAGCUCUCUCCGCUCUCUUUUAGCCCCACACUACUGAUCAUUUACCCUUGUUUCUACAGAUCUUCCUCCCCUUCCCACUAGAGAAACCACCCCAAAUGAAGUGACUCCGCCUGAAACAAACCAAAAUCAACCUCACACUACAUCUCGUCCAUCGCCAACAAUCACGACUUCAUCCAUAAUCCCAGACAAUUUCUGUGCUACAAAGAUUGGUGGGGUUUAUGCCAAACCGGAUGCCCCAGGUUCCUUUUACAACUGUGCCAACGGUAUCACCUGGAUCCAAAACUGUCCAGCUACGUUGGUCUUUGAAGAUAGCUGCAAAUGCUGUAACUGGCCCUAA